UCCACGUUCACUUGCUGGGCAGAGGAGACUCCAAAGCAGCUUGUUCCAACCCCAGGCACCUGUAAGCACCCAGACUACACAGACAGUGAAAAUGGUGGUGGGCCUGUUGGCUUCCAUCUCCAUUUCAGAGCUUCUCUUGGCCUUUGUUGUCUUCUGCCUGAUCUACUGGGUCAUUGAAUCUUACUCUCGAAGGGUCCCCAAGGGACUCAAAAGACUACCUGGACCCUGGGCUUGGCCUCUGAUUGGCAACAUAUUGACUCUGGGGAAGAAUCCUCACUUGGCCCUGGCCCGACUGAGAGAGAAGUAUGGGGACGUGAUGCAGAUUCAGAUUGGCUCCACCCCAGUGCUUGUGCUGAGUGGCCUGGAAACAAUCAGGCAGGCCCUGGUGAGGCAGGGGGAUGACUUCAAGGGCCGACCUGACCUCUACAGCUUUUCCCUUAUUGCAGAUGGCUAUAGCAUGGCCUUCAACCCUGACUCAGGGGAGGUCUGGGCAGCUCGAAGGAAGCUGGCCCAGAAUGCUCUCAAUACCUUCUCUGUGUCCUCCUCCCCAUCCUCUUCCUCCUGCUACCUGGAGGAGCAUGUGAAGAAGGAGGCUGAAUGCUUGAUCCAGAAAUUCCAGGAGCUGAUGGAUGGGGUAGGACACUUUGACCCCUACAAUCAUGUAGUGGUGUCUGUGGCCAACGUCAUAGGCACCAUGUGUUUCAGCCGGGGCCAUGCCAAUGAGAACCAAGAAUUGAUGAGAGUCGUUACCAAAAGUCAUGAGUUUUCUGAGAGUGCCUCCUCAGGCAACCCAGUGGACUUCAUCCCCAUCCUUCGCUACGUCCCAAACCCCAAACUGCAGAAGUUCAAGGCUUUCAACCAGAGGUUCUUAAAAUUCAUGCAGAAAACUGUCCAGGAGCACUACAGAGACUUUGAUCAGAAUAAUAUUGAAGACAUCACUAGUGCUCUGUUCAAACACAGCCAGGACAAGGGCCAGGGGAACAUCAGCACCAAUAUACCAGAGAGGCUGAUCACCAAUCUCAUCAAUGACAUUUUUGGAGCUGGUUUUGAAACAGUCACCACAGCCAUUUCCUGGAGCCUCAUGUACCUUGUGACAAAGCCUGAGAUCCAGAAGAAGAUCCAAGAGGAGCUGGACACCGUGAUUGGCAGAGAGCGAAGGCCCCUGCUUGCAGACAGACCUCGGCUACCUUACAUGGAGGCCUUUAUCCUGGAGAUCUUCAGGCAUACCUCCUUUGUCCCUUUUACCAUCCCCCACAG